AUGGGGAAUACACCUUCCUGCUGCGUGGCUUCGAGCCCCAAACAUAGGCGGAACAACCACUCCAGACUGGAGCCCUAUCGACCAGAGCCGGAGCUGAGCCGGGAGGAUACUGGCUGCAACCUCCAGCACAUCAGUGACAGGGAAAAUUUGGACGAUCUGCCGAUGGAGUACAAUCCCUCUGACCAUCCUCGAGCCAGCACCAUCUUCCUUAGCAAAUCCCAGACUGAUGUUGCUGUGCAGAACAAACGAGUUCGAGAAAAGAGGAAGAGCCUUUACAUCAAUCAUUUCACACACAUUUCGGAGAGCAAGCAUCACCCGGGCCCUGGGAGACGGAAGUACAGCUCAUGUUCUACCAUAUUCCUUGAUGAUAGCACUGUCAGUCAACCAAACCUCAAAUACACUAUUAAAUGUGUAGCACUUGCAAUUUUUUACCACAUAAAGAACAGAGAGGUCGACGGAAGAAUGUUGUUAGACAUAUUCGAUGAGAAGCUGCAUCCAUUGUCGAAGUCUGAAGUUCCUCCUGACUACGAUAAACAUGACCCUGAACAGAAGCAAAUUUAUCGCUUUGUCAGGACGCUCUUCAGUGCUGCACAGCUUACGGCAGAGUGUGCCAUUGUCACCUUGGUUUAUUUGGAGAGGCUCCUGACAUAUGCUGAGAUUGACAUUUGUCCCGCCAACUGGAAGCGUAUUGUUUUAGGAGCCAUCCUCCUGGCUUCCAAAGUCUGGGAUGACCAGGCGGUGUGGAAUGUAGACUACUGCCAAAUUCUCAAGGAUAUCACUGUUGAGGACAUGAAUGAGCUUGAGCGCCAGUUUUUGGAGCUUCUGCAAUUCAACAUUAACGUGCCGUCCAGUGUCUACGCCAAGUAUUACUUUGACCUGCGUUCCCUGGCAGAGGCGAACAACCUCAGCUUCCCUCUAGAACCCCUCAGUAGGGAUAAGGCACAGAAACUUGAGGCUAUAUCCAGGUUGUGCGAUGACAAAUACAAGGACCUGAAGAAGCUAUCAAAAAAGCGGUCAGUGAGUGCAGACAAUCUGCUGGUUAUGCGGUGGUGUCCAGCCAUCAUUUCUUAA